UGCAGAGCUGGGGCUGUAGCUCUGGCAACGGAGCUGUUAGUGUACUUCAAACAAAGAAUGCUGAGUCUUUAAGAACAGUUGAUACUUUAUUCUAAAAUAGACGCAGUGUAAGAAAACAGUAGAAUACAGAAUGCUUAUCACUGUUGUCGGCAUACUGUAAUAAGUGCAUUUUUUCAACGAUUAAAACAGCAGAAAUGUGGAGGAAUCCUUCGGAAAGUUUUGCCAAAAUAGACGUGAAAUACUUUGCAAGGCAUAAAGGGGAGGUGAACUCCUGUGUUUUCUCCCCUGACUGCCAGAUACUCCUCACGUGCUCUGACGAUUGCAGAAUUUUUCUGUGGAAUGCCAAAACUGGGCAGCUAUUAAAUAAAGUGUGCGGACACACAGGUCCAGUUAAAGCCUGCUGUUUCUCCUCAGACUCUACCUGCUUUGCUAGUGCAUCACAUGACUGCACGGUGCGCGUGUGGCUGACAGCUUCAACACAGUGCCUGCAUGAACUGAAAGGUCACACUAAGAGUGUAGAGACGGUGUGUUUCAGUCCUGACUCCAAGCUGCUCCUCUCCGCGGGCUGGGAUAAAACAGCGAUCCUGUGGGGUCUCCAGACCGGUGAUAUUUUAAGAAGGUUUUCAGGACAUGAGGGCGCCAUUCAAUGCAGCACAUUUUCAUUGAAUUCACAAUAUCUGGCCACAGGUUCCUGGGACUACACUGUUAAAGUAUGGAGCUUACAGACAGAGGAACAUGUGAAAACAUUAAAGGGACACACAGGCAAUGUUAGCUGUGUUUGCAUCUCUGUAUCAGGGAUGCUGGCGUCCGGGUCCUGGGACAGGAUGGUUCGAGUGUGGAACCCCCGGCGGGGAACACUGAUCUUUCUGUUGGAGGGGCACACAGGAUGGGUCAAGAGCCUGUCCUUCUCCAGAGACGGCAUACUGCUGGCCUCAGCAGGGGAGAAUGACAUGGUUAGAGUAUGGGACAUGGCAAAAGGAACAUGCCUUAAAUCAUUACAGGAGCAAAUGGAUUUGGCACAGCAGUGUGUAUUCUCCCCUUGUGGGGCUCUAUUGACAAGUGGAGUGACCAAUUCCACCUUUAAAACAGACAGCAGCACAGAGGACCAGGCAAGAGACACAGAUCAAUAACACUGCAACCCAACGAAUGGUCCUUCAUUGAAACUUCGACUUCUACCAUUUCUGUGAAGGAUGUGCUCACCAGCAAAGUGUUCUACAUUUCAAAUCAAGGACACGUACAUGUGCUUCUUUAAAACUGCCAGCACUGAAGACAUUUUUCAGCACCUGUCCCAGUUGCUCCAUACAACCUAGACUACCAGUUCUAUCUGUCCAAAAGUUCUAUACAGUUUUGAUAUGUUGAGGCAUCCUGCAAACUGAUCAGAUAGGAUCAUAUUAAACUGCACAAUGAACAGGGGGAGCAGAAUGGGAUACAUUUAUCUAUGGAGGGCAUUUUCUUAACCCUUUGACAGCCCCCACACCAAUUCAGUAUUUAGUAAGAAGUCAAAAGGGGUGUUUACACUUGCUUUCCGGAAUCCUUCUGAAAUUGUGCGUUUACAAUUGUAUGAAACAGCAGGGGGUGCUUCUAUCAGGACAAGAGUGAGCAUGCAUACUUUGUAAACUAAAGAUGUGCUGUCGCUAUGCUGUAAUGACAGCAUCGAGUACCAUCAUUUGAAAAUAUAGAUGAACCCGCUUAAUAUCAUACCCACGAUUUUUAAAAAACCACUCGCCAUGCGUGGUCAGGCUUUACUAAGUAACCACAGGAUAUAAUUAAUUUCCAACGCAACUAACAACCAAUAAUCACCUUGGCUGAUAAGCAGGGCUAAUAGAAAAUUGCGGAAAUAUUUGCCCAAAAUUGCAGGGAUAUUUGACCAAAUUUUGCGGAAAAUUGCGGGGGUUAAAUAUGAUCAAAUUAAUGCUGUUAUGCACUUGUUGUUUUUUUAUGCAUGUUUAUACAUUGACAAUUAAAAUUAUGGGAUCAACUAUAAAUUUACUGAAAUUCUACUAGAAAGGCAAUACUAUACAUAACCCAUUGACUUAUGUAAAAGCUUAUCUAUUUUAAAAGAAAUAAUAGAGUAUGUGCCGCUGUGACUGCACAAAAGGGGGGUAUUUUGAUAAAGAAAAAAAAGGUUUGCAGCAAACUGCCAUAUUUAAAUAUGGCAACACAGUUUGCAGGAAAAGAAAAGUAAUUUUUGAAAAUGUAAUUGUCACCCAAACCAAAUAAAACAAAAAUUAUAAUCCAAAAA